AUGCCUACCCUGGCUGUAUCCUCAUACACCCCACAGGCUGUCCCUCUUCCACCGGCGCCUUCAGCCAAGUACUUCUCAGAGCUGCAGUGGAAGACUCUCUUUGCACUGGCAGAUGCAAUCGUGCCCUGCAUUCGCCCUGCUGCAACUUCCAAAUCACCAGAUGACAGGUCGAUUCCCGAUGCAGAAUAUAUCACCGCCGUCGAGAGUUUGACAAAGCUGAUUCCUGGACCUGAUGCUUCAUCAAUUGCAACCCAAUAUCUGCAAGAAAAUGUGUCCUCAAAUCCUUUGUUCCGCUCGAUAGUAGAGCGUAUUCUGGGCGACCAUGUUCAUGAGGAAGGAAGGAAUGGAUUUGGUCUGAUCAUGAAUGCACUCAACACUCGCGCGGGUUCGCUGAUUCUCACGGGCUCAACUACCCCAAUCCAGGACCAACCGGUGGCAUUCCGGGAAAAGGUCUUCCGGGGAUGGGAUACUUCUCGACUACCCCCUCUGCGGGCGGUUUAUCGAGGGCUUUCGGCUAUUGUCAAGAAAUCUUGGAUCCUCAGCAGCCCAACCAUUGGUCCCGUGUUGGGGUUCCCCCGUGUACCGGUUCAUGGCAAGCCUGCCGACGGUUUCCAGUAUAAUUUCUUGCAGUUCCCACCUGGGGACCAACCGGAGACAAUUGAAACCGACGUAAUCGUCGUGGGAAGCGGCUGCGGUGGUAGCGUGACCGCAAAGAAUUUGGCUGAAGCAGGCCAUCGUGUACUGGUGGUGGAGAAGUCUUAUUCCUAUCCAUCCAAUGCAUUCCCCAUGGGUCCAAAUGAAGGAUUUGUCAAUAUGUUUGAAAACGGCGGUGCCAUCUUCAGCGAUGAUAGCUCCAUGGCUGUCCUCGCGGGCUCGACUUGGGGAGGUGGCGGGACCGUUAAUUGGUCGGCAUCACUGCAGACUCAAGGUUACGUCCGACAACAAUGGGCAGACACCGGUCUACCUUUUUUCACCUCCUUGGAUUUCCAGAAGAGUCUCGACCGUGUCUGUGAUCGCAUGGGUGUCAAUUCCGAGAAAGUCGAGCAUAACAGUCAAAACACCGUGAUCCUGGAGGGCGCACGGAAGCUCGGCUAUGCUGCCAAGACAGUGCCCCAGAACACUGGCCACGGUGAGCACUACUGUGGUUAUUGUACCCUGGGGUGUGCUUCGGCGGCGAAGAAAGGCCCGACAGAGACUUUCCUCGCGGAUGCUGCUAAGGCCGGUGCCACAUUUAUAGAGGGAUUCCAAGCCGACAAGGUGCUCUUCACCAAGGUCAAGGGCAAACAAGUUGCUUCUGGGGUGAAGGGAACUUGGAGGUCACGCGAUUCAUAUCUUGGCCUCAGUGGCACCGGUGUUGUGGAGCGCAAGGUAAUCAUCAAAGCUAAGAAAGUGGUUGUAUCGGCUGGUACACUGCAAAGUCCCCUUUUACUGCUGCGUAGUGGGUUGAAGAAUUCUCAAAUCGGCCGAAACCUCUACCUUCACCCAGUUGUCGGCGCUGGUGCUGUCUUUGAUGAGGAGACCCGCCCCUGGGAGGGCUCCGCGCUGACAACGGUCGUCAACGAAUUCGAGGACCUGGAUGGAAAUGGACAUGGCGUGAAGAUCGAGGCAGUAUCUAUGAUGCCCUCUGUGUUCAUUCCUGUGUUCCCCUGGCGAGGCGCAUUGGAAUAUAAACUGUGGGCUGCCAACAUGCGCCGUAGCACCAGCUUCAUCACCCUCACCAAAGAGCGUGACCCUGGCCGCGUUUAUCCGGACCCCGUCGAUGGGCGUUGUCGCAUCGAUUACACAGUGUCUGCAUUUGACCGGAAACACAUUGUCGAGGCUAUGAUUGCGAGCGCCAAAAUUGCGUAUAUCUCUGGCGCCAAAGAGUUCCAUACUACGUAUCGCGACCUUGCGCCGUUUGUCCGACCGGAGGCUUCGGACCCCGAGGCCCCCGAGGGAACAAACGACGAAGCCCUGCAGAGUUGGAUUGCUGAGCUUCGUCGGAAGUCGCCUUUGAAUCCCGAGCGUGGUCUCUUUGCUAGUGCACAUCAGAUGGGUACCUGUCGCAUGAGCAAAUCCCCCAAGUCGGGCGUGGUGGACCCAGACUGUCAAGUCUGGGGCACUGACGGACUAUAUGUUGUGGAUGCGUCCAUCUUCCCUAGCGCAAGUGGCGUGAACCCCAUGGUUACCAAUAUGGCGAUCGCGGACUGGGCCAGCCGAAAUCUUGCGCGAGCCAUGGGGCCAGUGCGAGGCGAGGGUAAUGUGAUGGCUCGCCUAUAA